AUGACUCUUGUCUUUCAAUCUGAGGGAAGUGGGUUCGAUUCCAAGCCAUGGCAUGUUCUCCUUCAGAAAGAAAUUUACCCACAUUGUGCUACACUCGACCCAGGUCAGGUUGUUAUCUUGAGGGAUCCGACAGAUGACCCUGAUGAUGUCCUCAGAGCUAAGAGAUCCAGAGAGAAACACUAUGUCUUUGAUAGAGCAUUUGAUGAAACCAGUACACAGGAGGAGGUAUAUUCUAUAACAACCAAGGGCCUUAUACAGCGUGUGACUGAGGGAUACAAUGCUACUGUCUUUGCUUAUGGAGCGACAGGUGCUGGUAAGACGUAUACUAUGCUUGGCACGGACAACGAACCCGGGAUCAUGGCUCAAGCUCUCAACGACCUCUUCACGGAGAUGGAAUCAAAGAAAGAAGAAAAAAUAUUCUCUGUCACCAUGUCAUAUCUGGAGAUCUACAAUGAGAUGAUCCGGGAUCUCCUCUUUCCGUCGUCCGGAUUCUUAGAUCUCAGAGAGGAUGCGUCGGGCAACGUCCAAGUAGCCGGGAUCAAGCAGAUCUCUACCACAUCAACCACAGAGAUUAUGAACCUGUUGAUGCAAGGCAACAAGGAGCGCACCCAGGAGCCGACGGCAGCGAACAAGACCUCCUCCCGCUCCCACGCCGUGCUCCAGGUCACGGUCAAGGAGAGGAGCCGGGUCCGAGGCAUCGGUCAGCAGGUCAAGAUUGGCAAGCUCUUCAUGAUUGACCUGGCUGGGUCUGAGAGGGCCUCGCAGACAAAGAAUCGUGGCAAAAGGAUGAUAGAGGGCGCUCACAUCAACCGCUCGCUGCUGGCUCUGGGCAACUGCAUCAACGCCCUGUGCCUCGGUGGCAAGUACGUGAACUACCGCGACAGCAAACUGACGAGACUGCUCAAGGACUCUCUGGGUGGGAAUUGCUACACCGUCAUGAUAGCCAAUAUCAGUCCUGCAGAUUACCUCUUUGAGGAGUCCAAGAACACCUUGCUGUAUGCCGAUAGGGCCAAGAAGAUCAAACUCAAGGUGAAACCAAACCGGAUGAAUGUGAACUACCACAUCGCCCAGUAUACCAACAUCAUCACAGAGCUGAAGCAAGAGAUUGAGAGACUGAAAGGAAAGAUAGCAGACCACCAGAUCGAUCCUCUCAAGGCGAAGAGCUCACAUUCUGGACUAGAGUUGUCCUCUACUCAGCAGAGCCGAGAGGAGAUGGACCAUCUUAGGCACCAGCUGAUCAGUAACUUCCAAACUCAGAUGGACAUCAGACAGAAGCUUAUGGAUGUUGAGCAAGAUACAUGGGAGUUAUCAUUGGAGGCCGAUAGAUACCAAGCCGUCUUAGCCGAUUUCGAACAGGAUAGACUGAGACAACAUGCUCCCAGUAAAUUGAGGGGAGUAACUAGUAGUCUGGACAUGGAUAACAAGGACAAAGAGCGUGCCCUUGAGAAGGACCUCGAGACCGAUAGCAACGGUUCAUACUCCCCUGAAGCCGAGCCUGAGGAGAUCAUGUUGGCCAGGGACAGUCUUACUACAUCUGUCUUAGCCAGGAAGCAGAAGGAAUCGGAGAGGAAGAAGCUUGAGAAACACCUGGAGAAUGUCCGUGUAGCUGCAAACAAGCUUGAAGAGGUUCUUCCAAGGAAGAUUACCAGUGGCGAGCAGAGAGAACUGUUAGAAAUGCUCUGUAAAGUUCAUGAGUUGGAGAUUGAGAAUACCGAACUGAAAUCACGAGCUCUGAUGGACAGGCAUGUCUGUGAACAGAAAGAGAGUAUCAUUCUAAGAUAUGAAAAACACAAACAGGUCUGUGAUCAGAUCAUCAGUGAACAACGCAGACUCAUAACAGAGCACAGUCUCCCAGUGCCGAUGGAGCUGGAAGAGUUGUAUGAUAAGUACGCUAUGGGGGUUAACGAGGAUCUAUAUGAAGACAUGAGAGCGCACUCAUCUAUGCAUCUACAUCUCAACAUGGAAGGCAUGAAGGUCACAAAAGCAUCGUCGACAUACAACUUGAGGAAGACGGCAAGACAGCUGCAGGAAGAGAGAGAAGAAAGCAACUCACCGGAGAAGGAAUCCGUCGAGAUCAAACAAAGCAAACCAGCCACCAAGAGGCAGCAUGCACAUUCUGAAAGUAAACCUGCCGCCUCUGGUCAGCCGCGGGUGUUCCAGCCCAGCCCGAGGACCAGGCAGCUGAGAGAGAGCGGAGCAGCAGGACCUAUCCCAAGGGUGAUGGUAGAGUCACCCUACACCCCUCCGAUCACCAAACACGAGAGUCUGGUUGACCUCGGCUCUCACGGGACCACCAAACACCCUACCAAGCGCCCCUACACCCCGCCCAACGGCAUCUCGGCGCACCCCAUCAAGUCCUUCAAGGAGCUCAACCUCAGCGAGUCUGAAUCCGACAUCAACCGCAAGGAAAUCGUGCAAAGGACCAAGAACAUUGCCGCCGUGGCCGCCCGCAAGCGGACAUCCCAGAAAGGGAGUGAGAAAUACUCCAGACUGGAGAAAAUGAAUCUCCACGACAGAGGGUUCGCGUCCUUGCGAGCCUUAGAGGAAGUCGCGGAACCCAGACUGAAUCAGGAUAGCCGACUUAUGCACAGUCGACUUUCCCAGAUCAGUAGGACGCUCUAUACAAGCUCACCGAUUGAAUCACAUGUGAGUGACUUUGAUGAUCUGUCGUCGGUGAGAUCGUAUGAAACGAGAUCACAUGAUAACCAUACUACUUCCUUGAAGAACAAGCAACCGUCGAGGUUCGCAAGGAGUGUGGCUGAGAAACGACAGAAGAGAGACUCAUUGGACCAGUUAUCCCUGAUCCCGAAACCUACUGCUAGACGAGGUGGAGCUGUCGCACAGAUAUCCCCUCGGAGGAUUGUUCCACAAUCCACGUCUUUCAACGUCCCAGGCGAGGGCAGCAAACCAAAUAAACGGUAUCAAGUAAAUCAAGCAGGAGAACAAGACAUUGGUACGCUGAUGGUACGGAAGACCACGCCCCCAUCCACAGUACGACAGAUCGGAGCAGACAGGGGCAAGGGGCAAACUGUUGUCAAAAGAUACAAAGGAGCCCAACCAUCCGGCGUGAUGUCGAACCACGACGCGCUCUCCGACAGGAGCACCCCCAUCCCUGCAACCAAACCCGCUAGGGGUGGCGCCCCCGUCAAGCCCGUCGCUAUCCCAUCCCAGGUUCGCAAGGGAAGUCUCUCGGUGUCGGGGCUGGCCGUCCCACGCAAGACCGUCGGCAUCGGCAGGAAGCUGUGAGCGGGGUCCUGGGUGGUGUCUUUAGAGGCUGAAAUCUGUAGCUUAGUUUGAUUAUAUUCAUGACGUCGUCACUGCCAAAGCUUCAAGGCUGUCUAGUAUUCAACCAACAAUUUGAUUUUCGCAUAACCAAGCAAUGGAAUGAAUGAAGUUUUAUGAGAAAGAAACGGCUAGAUAAAACAUGCACUCCAUGGUCAUUACAGAUCACUCCACUGCCCUUACAGUUUAUUUUUGUACAUGAUGUCAUCACUGCCAAUACCUUCAAUGCUCUCAAAGAUUCACCCAACACAUUUUACGUAACCAAGCAGCGGAAUAAUUCAAGACUCAUAAAAAAGAAACUGCUACAUUGAGCCCUAUGCUCGUUACGGAUCGAUCCACUGUCCUUACAAAUCACGUGCGUAGCUUGAGGAUUACCCAGUUUGAGAUUAAAUAAUUGGACAGAGUGUCUUCGAGUCCUGUCCACGACCACACAAAGAUUUUUCCCUGAAGACGAAUAUGUUGCCCAGACAUUGAUAUUCUACGGAAGAUGAGUGGAUCAGAUCAGACAUGUUCUGAUCUGGCUGUUUUACAUUUUAUACCUGCACCUGAUACAGUCCUGCCAACCAGUACGUUUUAGCCGUAUUUAGUACGUUUUUUUUUUUUUUUUUAAUAAAUCGUAAUUUAUUGAGAAAAAUGAUCUCUAUAUGUCUCUAUUUCAUAAAACGUGCACAAAUAUGGUUAUUAGAUCAAUGUAAUUUCAGGUAACUUUUUUUUUUUUUUCAAUCAUUUUGUUCAAACCAGGGUGAAGAUAUACACAUGUUUUAAUGUUUUUUUUUUUCAUCUGCAAGAGCAGUGCGCAUUUUAGCUUGCAUGCAGCUUGAGCGCCGCGAUGAGCGAGUGCGCCAAGCAUUUUAUUAUGAAAUACACUUUUUGGGGGAAAAAUACAUUUUUUUUAAUCACAGAAUACAGUUUUUCAUUCCCAGAGGUUGGCAGGUCUGCUGAUAAGGACAAUGAUAAUUCAUGAUAGACAAAUGAUUUCUUGGAGUCAUGGAGCAUACAUGGUCGCUACGGAUCACAAUCGAUAUCCCUCAAUUGUCAAUAGUACAAGUAUUGCAUGUACUUUAAUCAUGGAACAACACUACUAGAAUAAAUUAUUUCUGGAUUAGUAAUUUUGAUCUGUAUCAAUACCCAGGAUAAUGAAAGAGGUUAGUUUCAUAAUUACUUCUAUUUCAAUGUAUUAAAAUAUAUUGAUAUGAUGUAAAUGAAAUAUUGAUGAUUGCCUUAGAGGCUUUAAAUCUAUAGUCUAGCAAUAUUUAUGCUUCAAUGCGAUUAUUUGUAAAAAUAAAAUAUGACAUAGAAUGUCAUUUUGAUUUAAACGUUUAUUUCAUAAUAGGAGUAUUUAUUUGACUUGCUCUCGGAACAAAAAUAUAUGAGCAUGAUUUUUUUAUGAUCAUUGUGUGUAAAAAUGUACAGUUUGAUAAUUUUCAUUCUUUUUUUGAAUGAUCAGUAUAAGUAAUUUAGCAGACGAGUCUUUCAAACUUUCCAAGGAAAAAUUCUUCUCUAAAAAUGAAGGCGUUUCGCCUUCCUGUCAGUGGCUUAGAACAAAUGUGCUUUUUUUUUUUCUUUGCAUCUAAUUAAGAUUUGUAAUUUAAUCAUAUUCACUUUGCUUGCUUAAUACUGAAUGAAAUUAUACGAGGUAUGAAUUCCUUGGCUUGUGAAGGUAAUGCAAAAAAUGCUAUUGACUUUUUAUUCACUUGCCAGAGAUAAGAAUUUAUUUGAAUGAAAUGGUUUAAGAUUAGAAAUGUAAAUGUCUUUGAAUGGAAUCUUCCUGUCUCGUCUUGCCUGUAUGUCUGUGUUUGUAGAAUUCUUGAGCCAGCCAAGUACAACAUAUUGUAGAUAUUUUUUUUUUACUAUUGGUCCAUGUAAUAUGGAAAAAUAAUUCACCAUUGUUCCAGAUAAGAUGUAUAGAAAUAAUUCACCAUUAUUCCAAACUAGAUGUAGACAUAUAUUUCAUAAUUCCAUGUGAGAUAUAUAAAAAUAAUUCAUGUUUUUUCCAUGUAGGUAAUGUGGAGAAGUAAUUCACCAUUAUCCGAUGUAAGACAUAAAGAAAUAAUUCACCUUUAUUCCAUGUGAGAAGUAAAGUAAUGAUUAAUCAUGAUUCCAUUUAAGAUAUAAAGAAAUAAUUCACCAUUAUUCCAGGUAAAAAGUGAAGAAAUAAUUUGUUUCACCAUUAGAUUUUAUGUGUUGUGAAGAAAUAAUUCAUUUCAUGUUAGAUUUAAAAAAAUAGGUAUGUAAUUCCACGAAGAUGAUAGUUAUUAUUAUUAUUAUUAUAUUACUUGGCCAAUGGCUUUUAUAUUAUAUUAAUUUGGUCAGUAGGGUAUACUUUUGUAUCCUUUCAAGUUUCAAGCAGAUUUCCAAAAUGUUGCAAAUCACGUUUAAAUACGAUUUUCUGUCCCGAAAAUUCUAAGAUGUAAAUUAAAAAAUGAAACGCAAUCCUUGUCGGCACGGCAUUUCCAGUAUUGUACUACAGCAAAUUAUUCCAAUAAUUCUUCCGCUAUUGAUAUAAUAUAAUCUGAUUCUAGGAGUGAUUAGAUGUUAGAGUUUCUCUUUUAUAUCAUGAAGAUUCCAUUGUAAAUUUGUGUAGAUUUAAUCUUUUUUUACGAAUUAAUAAGAUUUAAACCAUGAUUGUAUUUGUAUUUAAAACAAUUAAUUGAACACGACUGCAUGAACUUUUUGUAUCUAUAAUUAGAUGUUCAUGUCAGUAAUUUUUAGCCAUUCUCUUUCUUUGCUGCUUCCGUUCUUUAUCAUGGUCUUUAAAGUGUCUUCUAAGUCUUGUCAUCCCACUUUGACUUUUUUUUUUCUAUAAAAAAAAAACAGUGAUUCCAAUUCAUGUUUAUUGAAAUCAUACACUAUACCUUCAAGUACAUCUAUGUUGCUGCAUUAUUGUUGCUUAGAAGAAGUUGUUUCUUUUAAAAAAAUGGUCUUGAACUAGUACUAGUAUCAACAUUCCAGAUUCUUUGUGUGUGUGUUAAUUUGUUAGCCUUGAGCAAAUACACAGGCUACAUUUCAAUGUGUUCAGAGAUAAGUUUCAGUUGUGGACGAGUACCAUGUUCCAGAUCUUUGAGUACUAUAACUAUGUCAGUUAGAGUGAUAAUAAGCUGAUAUUCAUAUUGUGAUGUGUAAUUCAUAAAUUUCAAAUGCAACAUUCUAGUGAGUGAAAUUGGUUCAGAAAUGUCCACAUUGUCAAAGACAAACCUUUAGUUUUGCCAGGAGUUGUACCCUUUGAAAGUCAUUCAUUUGUAAAAACCAAUAGGAUUUCAAUUGAUUUGGCAUGUACAUGUAUGCAAAGUCUUGUAAAAUAAUGUGCAGAAAAGUACCGUCGAUAGUGUCUGUGGGGUUCCAAAGAAAGUGCCGAUUAACAUGUGAUCGCUUGAAUAAGUUUAUUGAAAUUCAUCAGAAAACAAGAAUUGACUAUCAGAUGAUUUCUCGAUUGGAUCUUUUCAUGUAAGUGAUAAUGAUAAUAUAUGGUAAUCCAUGAUAAUGAUAAUUCAUGAUAGUACUAAUCUAUUAUUAAUCAUUUUCACGACAAUUUUUCAUUUACUGCCACAACUGAACUUAUCUCUAGAGUAUGUACCAUUUAGAUUAGCAGUAGGAAAACAGGGUAGAAACGUCUUUAACUCUUAUCAUUAUAUUCAGCCUUUGAAAUCGUAGUGUGACAUUACACAGCAGAAACUCCUAGUAAAUAUAUUAUGGAUGUUGUAUACUAAUUCAGUAGAAAACAUCAAUAAAUUUAUUAAUUCUUGCAUUUAAUUUGAUCUUUUUUGCAGUUACUUGGAAUAUCUUUUGUUUUCAUAUGUUCCAUCUUGUUUUUUCCAUCUAAAAUAAGCAGCAUUUUUUUCCUGGUGCCUUAAAACUAUGCCUCUUAUUUCUUCUCAUAUAAUACUUCCAUACUUUGGUUUCCUCUCUGUGAUUUCAAGAUGUGUUGUAAGAUUUGUAUAAAAUUAUAAAAAUUGAGCACACAUACCGUAGUUAUCAGGAGCGUGUGAAGUUUGAUCGACCCAUUUUUUUUCAGUGCCAAAUGGAUGACAGGUCUGUUCAUAGCAAGUGAUGUUUUUAAGGGGUUGCUUUGUGACGUGUCUGAUGAAAACAUAGCAAGAUUUGGGAAUUUCAUUUGGGUUUGUGAGUACAGUAGUUCGUGUGAGGCUUCCAUUGUAUUGGAAACUUUCACUUUUGUAAUAGAUCCUGUUUUAUAUGCUAUAAUGGAUCGAGAAAUUGUAUUGCUUGUUUUCUUUAUUUUUUCUAUUGCAUCAAAUUUAUUUCACUCAGGUAAGAGAUAUUUCUCUCAUCACUCUCUUUUCUUUGUCCCUUAACUCUUUAUCUUCUACUCUCACUAAUUUGCAUUGAUACUUCAUACAUUCUGUGAAUGUUAAACUGUAGAUUGUAAAUGAAUAAUAAAAUUGGGGUGAUUGAAUGGUAAGCGCAAAGUUCAACUUUAUUUGCAACAAACAUUAAAAAAAAAACACUUUCACUUAAAUGCAAUCUACACUAAAUAGAUUCGUACUCGUAGCUUACUUACUUUUUAUACUGAAGUAUUUUAAAAGGUGAUCAUGCUGCAACGAUCAUGAUUUUUCUGUUCAUUUAUUAUUUAUCUGGGCCCCGUAACACAGAGGUUGGUGAUUAAUCGCUAAAUGAAAUGGCCUAUCAAGACCAUCCUUGCAUGCGCAUUUUGCUCAGGAGACUGGCUAUAUAGGAACCAAUCUGAAUUGCUCUUUCAAAUUGGCGUUUCGUCGCUAACCUUUGUGUUACGGAGCCCAGUCUUGAUAAAACCCAAGAUCAGGCUGAAUCUGUGUGAAAUAUAUUCAUGUAAAACUAACUCUACAAACCUGUACUCUAUCGAUCUGUACUUAAUCAGUAUUAAUCACUAACUACUUUCGUUAGUUUUUAUCAAAUGAAUGAAAUAUACAUAUGUUCGAUGUGAGAAUGUAAAUAGUAAUGAAAUAAAGAGAGCAUUUCAUGGAA